AUGCCGCGGAAUCCUUCUCCGCUGAGGCGGCCACGGGCGCCUACUAUCACGCUGGAUACUUCAGCCGUAAACGACCAAGAAGACGACCAACAUCAACACCAAAUCACAUCGUCACCGUCUUCCUCAGACCAUGGCGACGAAAUCAAUAAUACGUUAUCAGUGCCCACGAGGAAGUCACGGUCCCAGUCUUGGGAUUCGAACAACACGACACUAGCAAAGUCGAAAACAAAUGAAGGCACUGACAAGGACGCUGCACACCUUUCGGGCUCUCCCAAAGGCUAUGACGCAAAUCCGGACGAAGCCCUGGCACCGAACCCAGGCGAAGAGGCGUCUUUCCGUGUUGACAACAACCCGUUUGCCUACACACCUGGCCAGGUUUCCAAGCUCAUCAACCCAAAGAGUCUAGAUGCAUUCGUGGCCGUUGGAGGUCUUGUUGGCUUGGAGAAGGGUCUACGGACAGACAGGCGCGCCGGUCUGAGUCUCGACGAAUCCCGGCUUGACGGCAGCAUCAGCUUCGAGGAGGCCGUCGCUGCGGGAAAGAAGCUCCCGUCGUCCUCGGACGCUGUACCAACGGAUGCGCUUCAGCAGGAUGCUGCCCACCACGGCGACGGUGCCGGCAAAGGCUUCGACGACCGGAAGAGAGUAUUUGGGCAAAACAUCCUGCCAGAGAGGAAAUCGCUGUCACUGUUGCAACUCGCAUGGAUUGCGAUGAAGGACAAGGUUUUGAUUCUUCUGAGUGUGGCCGCCGUCAUUUCUCUUGCAUUGGGAUUGUACCAGACUUUUGGAGCAACUCAUCACGGAGAUGACACGGCCAAGCUCGAGUGGGUUGAAGGUGUUGCCAUUAUCGUCGCCAUCACGAUUGUCGUGGUCGUCGGCUCACUCAAUGAUUGGCAAAAGGAGCGUCAAUUCCGGAAGCUCAACCAGAAGAAGGAGGACCGCAUUGUCAAGGUGAUUCGAUCCGGAAAGCCCGCCAACCUCUCGGUUCACGAUAUUCUCGUUGGAGAUGUCAUGCUUUUGGAGCAGGGUGACAUCAUCCCUGUGGAUGGUAUUUUCAUCGAUGGGCACAACGUCAGCUGCGAUGAAUCGUCUGCAACUGGAGAGUCUGAUCUGAUCAAGAAGGUACCGGCAGACGCCGUCAUGAGGGCGCUGCACGAGGAGGAAGUGAACCCCAAGAAGCUUGACCCUUUCAUUAUAUCUGGAGCGAGAGUUCUGGAUGGCGUUGGAACGUUUUUGGUCACUGCUGUCGGUCAGAACUCAAGCCAUGGCAAGACCAUGAUGUCCCUCCGUUACAUUGCGAAGCUCGGCAGUGGUGCCGGUCUUCUCCUUCUUGGUGUCUUGACGAUCGAAUUCCUGGCUCAUCUUCCUAACAAUAGAGACUCACCCGAGGAGAAGGGCCAACGCUUCCUGCAGAUUCUCAUUACAUCCAUCACCAUCAUCGUCGUUGCAGUGCCUGAAGGUUUGCCCCUGGCCGUCACUCUUGCCCUCGCCUACGCUACAAAGCGGAUGACCAAGGAGAACAACCUCGUCCGUCACCUGCAGUCCUGCGAAACGAUGGGUAACGCGACUGUCAUCUGCUCUGACAAGACUGGUACACUGACGGAGAAUGUCAUGACUGUCGUCGCCGGCACUUUGGGUACUGGCAAGUUCCGCUUCGUUGCCUCUGACGAUCAAUCAACCGAGACCGGCCAGGAGGAUGGGGAGUCGGACGUACGUGUUACUGGAGAUGACAAGAAGUCCCAAGCUUCCACCGAAGUACCAAUGUCCAAGCUUUCAUCCGCAAUCGACGCGGACUUCAGAGAUCUUGUCAAGCAGUCCGUUGCGAUGAACACGACUGCUUUCGAAACGGAGGAGAACGGAAAGCAGGUAUUUGUAGGCACGAAAACCGAGACCGCCCUGCUCGACUGGGCUCGCCGAUGCUUUGCCCUUCAGCAAAUUGCCAUCGAACGCGAAAACUGCCCUGUUCAGCAGCUCUUCCCAUUCAACUCGAAGCGAAAGGCCAUGGGUGCCGUUGUGCGCCUCCCGAACAACAAGUUCCGUUUCUUCGUCAAGGGCGCCCCUGAGAUCCUUUUGGGACAAUGCACCAGCGCCGUCUCCGACCCUACGAAGUCCCCUACGACUGCCUCAAUGGCAUCGGAUCAGCAGGAGCACAUCCGUCAAAUCAUUACCGACUACGCCCGUCGCUCCCUCCGCACGAUUGCCCUUGGCUACCGCGACUUCGAGCAGUGGCCUCCCGAGAACGCUCGCAAGGAGGAAGGCUCCCAGAACAUCGAGUUCUCCAGUAUCUUCAAGAACCUGACGUGGCUCGGUGUUGUAGGUAUCCAGGAUCCCGUCCGUGCUGGCGUUCCGAAGGCCGUGGAGGACUGCCGGACCGCCUCUGUCUCCGUCAAGAUGGUCACCGGUGACAAUGUCGAGACGGCGAAAGCCAUCGCCAAGGACUGCGGCAUUCUGACAGAGAAGGGCAAGGUUAUGGAGGGAAUCGAGUUCCGCCGCAUGGACGAGCGUGAGCGUGUCAACAUUGUUCGAGAUCUGUGUGUGUUGGCACGAUCUAGCCCCGAAGACAAGAGAAUUCUGGUCAAGGCUUUGCGAAGUUUGGGCGAGGUUGUUGCCGUCACUGGCGACGGCACGAACGAUGCGCCUGCGUUGAAGUCUGCGGAUGUUGGGUUCUCCAUGGGCAUCACCGGAACUGAAGUCGCCAAGGAAGCCUCCGAUAUCAUCUUGAUGGACGAUAACUUCUCGUCAAUCGUCAAGGCCAUGGCGUGGGGCCGAGCCAUCAACGAUGCUGUCAAGAAGUUCUUGCAGUUCCAGAUCACAGUCAACAUCACUGCUGUCGUUCUCACCUUUGUCACCGCUGUGGGCAGCGAGACCCAAGAGCCCGUUCUGAACGCCGUCCAGCUUCUCUGGGUCAACCUCAUCAUGGAUACCUUCGCCGCCCUCGCCCUCGCUACCGAUCCUCCUACCGAGAGCAUGCUCCACCGCAAGCCCGAGGCUAAGACCGCAGCGUUGAUCAACACGCCCAUGUGGAAGAUGAUUAUCGGCCAGUCCAUCUACCAGCUCAUCGUCACCCUGAUCCUCCACUUUGUCGGCCCCAGCUUCCUCAACUACCCUACUGGCCAGCAAAAGACGCUCGUCUUCAACGUCUUCGUCUUUAUGCAAAUCUUCAAGCUGAUCAACUCCAGACGCAUCGACAAUAACCUCAACAUUUUCGAGGGCAUUACCAAGAACAAGCUCUUCGCUCUCAUGAUGUCCAUCAUGGCCGGCGGCCAGGUCCUUAUCGUGUUCGUCGGCGGCGCCGCGUUCAAGGUCGAGAAGCUCAAUGGACCGCAAUGGGGCAUCUCCAUCGUCCUCGGCAUCAUCUCCAUCCCCGUCGGUGUCCUUAUCCGCCUCUUCCCCGACUCGUGGUUCGUCGCCAUCGUCAGUCCCCUUGCGUGGGUGUGGUCCAAGAUCCCCAAGUGGAAGCGCAAGAAGAAGACGGACGAGGAGGACAGCGAGCACCUAGGCGCCGGCGGCGUCAAGGAUGCCCUGCUCGAGAUCAGAGACGAUCUCGCCUUCCUCAAGCGCAUCAAGGGAGGAAGAAUCAGCCAGAUCAGCGAAGUUAUCAUGAAGCCCCGCGAGUACCGUGAGAGAACACGCAGCCGAAGCGGGUCCAGAUCGUCGAGCAGACAUAGCGCGUCGCCGAUGAAGGCCGCCCUGGGCAUGCCCGGUAUCUUGGCGGCUAGUGUUGGAGGCUUGUCGCCUGUUGAGCGACCGGUGUCGCACGACAGCCGGAACACAGAUGGAGAACGCGAUCAGGAGGAUAGUCGCAAAGACUGA